UAACCACAAACACAACUCCUUUUAGUCCUUAGUCCUUAUACUUUAUACAGUUGAGUAUUAGCCUAUUAGGUUGCACAAGAGAGAACCAAGUGUAAUAAGGGAGUGAUCAACGGAGGAUAAUGAUUUCACGCGGAGCCAUUAUCACCUAAUAAUAUAACUACUAUUAUUUCCAUAGCAAGAAGAUUUUUCUCUCUCUCUCUCUCUCUCUCUCUUCCCUCACCCUCUAUCUACUUUCUUGCUUCCUUUCUUUGCAGCUACCUUGGUAGGGUUCUGCAACAGUACUAGUACUACUUUGUCCUUUAUCACUCUUAAUACAAAAAAAGGGACUCUAACAUCAGCAACAACAGCAGAAAGAGCGCACUAUUAUUUGUGUUGUGGGCCUUUCUGCUUCAAUCAUGCCAUCAGGUGCCAAGAAGAGGAAGGCUGCUAAGAAAAAGAAGGAAAAAGAAACCACCAACAACCUUCAAGGGAUUGAUGAGUCGAAGGUUCAAGAUGAUAAAGGAAGUGAUGGUGGCUCGCCGGCGUAUUGCGACCACGACGAUGACCAUCAGCAGCCAUUCAAAGAAGGGAAUGAGGAGGCGGCAGAGGUGGUGGAGGCAAACCUGUCAGCUGCUCUACCAUCCGCGGAAGUAGUUCCUACUCGUGAUGUUAUGAUUGAUGAAACUGUAGGACGAAAGGACGAAUUCGGUUUUGCGACAGAGACGGAGUUGAAGGCUGAGGAGGAACGCGUGAUUGGCGAUGGAAAUGAUGUGGAAGCUAAGUCAACAAAGGAAUUAGAUUAUGAGAAAGGCGGUAGCAGUUCAAACGGUGAAGCCGCUAGUGAAAAGAAUUUGAGGGAUGAUAGAGAUAGUUCAAUAAAAGAGACAGUUAAAUAUGAUGAGUUGGUUGAAUCAAUUGAUUCUUCACAUGCCAAAAUGACAUCUAUGGCUGAAGAUGCACCAGCUUGCGUGGCUGAUAAUUCGGUUGUGGAAUCUUCUAUUUGUUCGGAUAAGGCAGCAGGUGCUUUAUCUGAGGUGAAAAGCAGUGGUAAUGGAAAUGCACUACAAGAAAAACUGGUAGUCUCUCAAGUAGGAGCAACAGAAUUUGGUAUGAAGAGAAAAGAGGACAAUAGAACAUCAACUUUCGAGGAACCUAAACCAAAGGAAUUCAACAAUGAAGUGUUAUUAUCACCAGCUGUUUCUAUUCCUUUACCCAAGUCCACAAAUGAAACAGAUGUUAGAGAUUCUGAGACUCCAGAAUGCUCUGAAAAUCAGCCUCUGGCAGCAUCAGCUCCACGAAUGGUCCAAAAGACAUCCUGGUUGAAUUGCUGUGGACUAUUUGAAGUUCUGUCCGGCACAGAGAGAUAAGUACAGUUGCAGAAACACAAGCACGCGGAUCUCAUCUUAUGGUCAAACAUGUGAAGACUUGAGACUUCAUUGAGAAAAAUUGAGAUAGUUUAAUCUGAUUUAGCUUGCCUUUUUUAAAAUUUUCACAAAACUAAUAAGAAUAAAUAUUGGGCAACUAGCCCCACUAUAUGGUCCGUAUAUACUUCAUAUGACGUUUUCAUAUAAGUGUCGUGAUAAUUGUGCUUAGAAACAGUUUCGGUUAGCUCUA